GCUGCUGAUCAAAGGCGUCUGCAGCAGACCGCCCAGGAUAGACGUAGAGUCACAGCUCUGUUUCGCUUUCAGUCUGCGGAUCAUAACGGGUUCAAAUCAAGGCGUUUAAAUCACGAGACUGUCCUGCAGCGAUCGGCGUUUAUUUUCUUCCGUCCUUCUCUGGCGAUAAAACCAGGCGAGCGCGAAGCAGAACGCGCAGUAAUGGGAAGACGCGGCGUGUUUUCAUUAGGUUACAUUUCCGAAGAAUGAUCCAUCCAUCUGUCGAUCGCAUCUUACGAGCACGGACAUCCUUCUUCAUGCAUCGGACGUAGACUUUCGGAGCACGGGAGAGUUUUGAGAAUGCACGGCGCUUAAAAAGAGCAAACCCAACAGUUUUUACAAACACUUGGACCGGAUUUCGGCGUGUCGUCGCUUCGCUGACACUCUUGAUUUGAUCCCUGGAUAUAUUUUUGCUGCUCUUGUGUCCCUGCAGUGAUGUGCACCGUGCCAAACGCGCGUAGAUGUUGUGAAACAACACAAGAUGUUUCCGUAUUGGGGGGUUCCAGCUGAGAUGUGUCUUAUUUCUUUCGCUAAACUUCAGUUUUGCCCUGUUUGGCCAUUAGUCUUCAGCAGCAGCAGCAUUAGAAAUCAGUUGUGUGCUUUAAUAUGCAUGAAUGUGAUGCUUUCUCUUUUUAAAGUGCAUUUGCGUUCAUAAAGCUUCAGUUUAGUCUUCUAGUUGAGCAUCAUUUUCAGACAUCUGUGUGUUUGUAGGGAGGUAGCUUGUAUUGUGGUUGAUGUGUGACCCAUGUUGGCUGUGCAUGACAUUAUAGGCCACUUUAAUGCUGCUCAUAGUUCCUAAAGCGUCAUCAUCUUCAGUGCAUUUGCUUAAUAAGGUGUUUAAUAUGCAUUCAUGACACAUGUUGACUGUGCAUAUUUUAGACUACGCAAAUGCUGCUUUAACUUUUUAAAGUGCAUUUAUGUGCAUAAACGCAUAAUUUCGCCUACCAGUUGAGCGUCAUUGUCUUUUUCUGAAAGCAGUGUGUUUACUGACACUUUGCUUGCUUUUAAGGCGUUUCAGUAUGCAUUGAUGUGAUGACUUUUGGCAAUAUAUUUUACAUUUCGUGUCCUGCAUGAGCAGUAACAGUGUGUAGAUUGUUUUGGCUGUGCUUAACAUUUUGUUGCUUUAAUUGGCAUUUAAGACCUUAAAGUCUCAGCUCGGUCUCCCAGAUGAGAUGUUGCAUGACUGCUCUGAAACCAAAGGAAGCUGGUUUUGAAGCAGUGAGCGCGCACUGAUGCGCAAUGACGCUGUUGUUGUGCGCAAAUGUGUUGACGCCACCUGUGGUCUCUUAAAUCGAUUGUUUCGGGAAGAUUUAGGCACUUUGACCAGGACAGAGUUCAGUUUGACAGGAGCCGUGUUGCUUGCGCUUUCUAACUAGGUUUAGGUGUGUAUCCUCGUGCUUAAGUGGAGAGUUUAAAUGGUGUUCCGAAAGUUACCCGGUGUCUCAGCAUCGGGCAUGGGGCUUCGUCUGUCUCAGAAAUUCGUGUUUCUGCUGUUCCUGUCGGGGUUGGUUACUCUGUGCUUCGGGGCACUUUUCUUUCUACCCGACACCAUGCGCCUGAAGCGCAUAUUCCUCUCCAAGAACGAGAAUCCCGCGGUGACCGUGGGCUCCGAUAACGUGCUUUCCAAAAAGGUGCCCGGGGAUCCAGAGCAUCAGCGGGCGGGUUUAAAAGGGGGCGAGGGGGCGACUGUCAAACUGAAAGUGAGUCGCAAGCCCUCGGUCACCCAUGGAGCGAGAACCGUGGAGAGAUCUGUUGGGAGUAGAGCGCAGGACGAGUGGAGUCCGGCGAAGGCGCACGAACCGGCGGCCAGGGACGAGCGGGUCACCUCGGCCGCACAGAACGGGCAACGCGGGAGCGCUUACAGCUAUGAGACGUUUAAAAAGUGUCUGCUCAAACCACCUUUGGGGAAGAACAAGGGAACUCCAUCGGAUUCCGAGACGCUUCAGCGGAGGGAGAAAGUCAAAGAGAUGAUGAAGUUCGCCUGGGACAACUAUAAACGUUACGCUUGGGGAAAGAAUGAACUUCGACCUCUGACCAAGAAUGGACACAUUGGGAAUAUGUUUGGCGGUCUCAGAGGCGCUUCUAUCGUGGAUUCUCUGGACACGCUGUACAUCAUGGGUCUGAUGGAGGAGUAUGAAGAAGCGAAGGAAUGGAUCCAAGACAACCUGGACCUGAACUCGAAUGGAGAGGCGUCCCUGUUCGAGGUGAACAUCCGUUAUGUUGGCGGUCUUCUCUCUGCAUACUACCUGACGGGAGCUGAGAUAUUUAAGCAGAAGGUGUUGGAACUGGGCGAGAAGUUGUUACCCGCCUUCAACACGCCCACCGGCAUUCCCAGAGGAGUCAUUAACCUGGGCAGUGGCACCAGCUGGAGUUGGGGCUGGGCAUCGGCCGGCAGCAGCAUCCUGGCCGAGUUCGGCACGCUGCACCUGGAGUUCGUCCACCUGUCCGAACUGUCCAGAAACCCCCUGUUCACUGAGAAGGUGAUGAACAUCCGAAAACUGCUGAACAAAAUAGAGAAGCCUCACGGACUGUAUCCCAACUUCCUGAGUCCCGUCAGCGGGAACUGGGUGCAGCAUCACGUGUCGAUUGGAGGUCUCGGGGACAGUUUCUACGAGUACCUGAUCAAAUCGUUUCUGAUGUCAGACAAGACGGAUGAGGAGGCCCAGAAGAUGUACUACAGCGCCAUGGAGGCCAUUGAGGCGAACCUGGUGCAGAAGUCUCCGGGUGGAUUGACGUACGUAGCCGAGUGGCGGGGGGGCAUCCUGGACCAUAAGAUGGGGCAUCUGGCCUGUUUCUCCGGCGGGAUGAUUGGGAUCGGCGCUGACGACGGCCCCACUACACAGAACCAGCCACUAGCCCAAAACACACACACCGAAACACACUAACCCUACAGCCGCUCAGCCACCAAACUUGGUCCGGAGGCAUUCCGCUUUGAUGCAGGAGCCGAGGCCACAGCCACCCGACUGAGUGACCGCUACUACAUCCUCAGGCCAGAGGUCAUCGAGAGCUACAUGUACAUGUGGCGUUUGACCCACGACCCCAAAUACAGGGAGUGGGGCUGGGAGGCCGUGGAGGCGUUAGAGAAGCACUGUCGUGUAGAGGCAGGUUUCUCAGGAAUCAGAGACGUGUACGCCUCCACAGUCAGUCACGACAACAUGCAGCAGAGCUUCUUCCUGUCCGAGACUCUCAAAUACCUGUACCUGCUGUUCUCGAACGACGAUCUCCUGCCGCUGGACGACUGGGUGUUUAACACAGAGGCUCAUCCGCUGCCCGUCAUACGCAAGAGAUGCCUGCAGGAGCACGGCAACACACAAGAUGAUGGACAGACCAACCUGGAGUAGUAUUUACCAUCACACACACACACACACACACACCUGAAACACGGAUUCAACCUCACGGGUCCUGACAUGGAUUCUCAGCUCCUUUCCUGCAAAGGAUCUCUUCAUAUAUAUAUAUACAUAUAUACGCUGUGAUUGUAUAUCUCUGAGCCGAGACUUCCCGCUCUCCUCGACGGAUGGAAGCCGGCAUAAUUUUCUGUGGACAAUCAGUGAAACGUGACUUUCAUGAGAAGAGCACCUUUUUUCUUUGCUUCUUUCCUCUGUGAGGAAAAACCGAAUAACUUGCAGCCCUGAAUCUGUGGGAGGAGUGUCGUACGAUGGCGGGCCAUGCUGAGCGAAAGAGAAAACCACUUUUCUUCACGUCUCACCUGUAAUUUAUCUUUUCUUUCAUCCUUUCAUUGUGUAUUCCUUUCCCUGUCUCUUCUGCCAAAGCGUUUGCGAUCUUCUUUAUUUCGUUUUCUCUCCCCGCCCGUGAUAUUUUGUUAUAUCUCGUUUCGAGUCCAAUUUUGUGCUGUGAUUUUUUCUUUAUUAUUUCAAAGCAGAGCGAGACUGGGGUAUUUACAAACCUGAGAGAAGGAUCUUUCGUGAAAUGUGUUGUACAGAAUCCUUUCGUUUGAACAGGAAGUUGAAUGAUGUCAUCAGCAGGGCAGGAUUGUUUUACGUGAUUUUAAACUUAAACUCAUGGUUUUUUUUAUGCUUCACCUGCAUUGUGUUGUGCACGAUAUGCCUUGUUUCAAAGACCAGUAUCACGAGAGUGGAAAAACACACACUUGCACUGGCACCGGAUGGCCACUAGGGCUGGGCGAUUAUAUAUUGAAUAUUCAUUCUAUUUUUGCAAUGAUUUUGCUGGAGAUUGUGAAUCACAAAAUUAUAUAAAUGUGUUUUUUUUUUUUUUUUUUUUUUUUUUUUUUUUUUUUUUUAAGUCAGACUGAAGUCAGAGUUUGGUGAUGAUUGUUCAAUAUCAAAAACGGCAUUUAAGUUUGAUUAAUUUUCAUAACUCACUUCAAACUGUGCGCUUUAAUGAAUCGAUUGAAACAAAAAAGCAUUUUUUCAUCAUUUAAAAAUGCAGGAGAUUCUGACUCAUGCAAUUAUUUUAAUGCACUUUUAAGUCAAACUAGAAAAGAUUGCAUGAUCAGAAUAGUUUCAUGAUUUUUCUUUAGUAUCAGAAACAGCAUUUAUGUUUGAUUCAAUACCAUAGAUCACUUCAGAUUGCCUUUCUCAAUGAAUCGAUUAAAAAAUCCUAAAACAAAGAUGCAUUUGCAUUAUUACUCGAAAAUGCCAAUGAUUGUGAAUCACAAUUUUUUUUAACGUGCUUUUUGUAAUUUGUUCAUUACGUUUCAUAAAGAUUGCAUCAUCAGAGUAGUUUCAUGAUGAUUCUUCAGAAUCAAAAACAGCAUUUAAGUUUGAUUCAUUUCUGGGAAUCUCUUCAGAUCAAUGAAUCAAUUUAAGUUUCUAAAACAAAGAUGCAUUUGCAUUAUUACUCAAAAAUGCCUGAGACUGUGAAUCUCACAAUUCUAUUAAUUUGUCUAUUAAGAUUCCUAUCAUGAUUCUUCAUCAGUAUCAGAAACAACGUGUAAGUUUGAUUCCUUUCAAUGAAUCACUUCAGACUGUCCAUUUCAAUUAAUGGAUUCUAAAGCAAAGAUUUGCAUAAUCACUCAAAAAUGCAGGAUAUUGUGAAUCACAUAAUUAUUUUAAUUUCAUUGCAUUAUGCUUCCAAAAGACUAGUUUCAUGAUUCACUUAAUUCACUUCCGUGAAUCAGUUCAGAUUCAAUUCAGAGCUCCAAAACAAAUCUCUCAGAAAUGCUGGAGAUUGAGAAUCACACAAUUAAUUUAAUUUGUUCUUUAAGUUUCCUAAAGAAAUUGCAUGAUCAGACUAGUUUCAUGAUUCUUCUUCGGUAUCAAAAGCAGAAUUUAAGUUUGAUUCUUUUCUGUGAAUCAGUUCAAAUGAAUCAAUUCAAAACAAAGAUGUAUUUGCAUCUUCACUCAAAAAAGAAAAAUGUUCUCAAAGUCUCCAUUUGGUGCUUUUUUAUAUUGUUUUAUUAGAAGUAUCUGUAGGUAAAUAUUUUGACCAUGAACUGUUAUACUGGUGUGUAUAAAUGAAAGCGAAUCAGCUGUGAAUAACACACUGAUUCAGUUCUGCAGAUUCUCACCCAAAAUCAACACAGAAAAUGUGAAAUCGCCUGCUUUUAUAGCACUAUCACCCAGCCCUGUCGGCCAAAGUCAUCUCAAAGCAUCGAUGGUGAAUGUGAAUGUUUUUUUCCCGGGGUUUUUGUUCUUGAAGCAACGUCGUCAGACAGUAAUGGUGAAAUGAAUCUACAGGAUGAAUGUGAAUGAAUCAUGUCAUUAAUUGUUCCUGUUUUCUCUCUCUUUCUCUAAUUUUUAUGGACGUUCAUGAAAGACUCGUUCUUUUCGUUUUCCUCAGGUGUUUCUGUACAAGUUUUGAUGACAGUUAUUUGCACUAUUCAUUACGGUAGUGCUGAUCAUUGUUAAUUUGAACAUCUUCUGUCUCUCAUUGUUGAAUAUUUUCAAAUACUGGUAAAAGAUCUGUGCGAUUUAUACAUUUAAAAUGAGUGCACAAAUG